GUAAUGUUCCCGCAGGAACAAGGAAAUCGAAAACGUCCAGCAGCGGCUUCUGCGAUAAAGCCCCACCUCUGAAGGUGGAUGUGACCAGUGGACACAGUGUGUUUCCUUCAGGAUCCGCCAGUAAAUCCAGGCUUUGGAGUAACGUUACAGCUGAUAAUAUGGGGCUGCUAUCUGACCCAAACAGAAGACGGGCUUUGAUCAGCAUGCUGACUCGCCUCAAUGCCCCAAUCUGUGUGGUCUGCUACUUUGCCGGUGUGGCUUGGUUCAUGGGUUUGGCCUUUGAGCCGUUCACUCUGCGGACAUACAUGUCAGAGAAUGCCAUGGGCUCUACCAUGGUGGAGGAGCGCUUUCCAGCUGGGGAGAGAGCGCUGGCCACAGGGAGGGAGUUUGCAGCCCAUAAGAAGAAAGUUGGUGGGAUGCCAGUGGACUGGCUUGUGAAGAAUAUGCAGGAUCGAGGACUGGAAGUGUUUACUCAGAGCUUCUCUCGCACACUACCCUUCCCUGAUGAAAACAAAGAGCGAUAUAUUGUAAAAGGCACAAAUGUAUAUGGUAUCCUUCGAGCUCCUAGAGCUCCACGAACUGAAGCCUUGGUGCUGAGUGCUCCCUGCAGCCCAGGUGAUGGCAACAACCAGGCUGUGGGACUGCUUCUCGGCUUGGCUCAGUACUUCAGAAAUCAGAUUUACUGGGCCAAGGACAUCAUCUUCCUUGUCAAUGAGCAUGAUUUGAUUGGUAUGCAGGCCUGGUUGGAGGGCUACCAUCACACCAACACUACAGGUAUGUCGUGGUCUCCAUUACAAGGCCGUGGCGGAUCAAUUCAGGCAGCACUGUCCCUGGAGCUUAGCAGUGAUGUCAUCACCAGUUUGGACCUGGUACUGGAAGGCCUCAAUGGCCAGUUACCCAACCUGGACUUAGCAAACCUCUUCUAUGCCUUUUGUCAGAAGAUAGGAGUUCUUUGCACCAUCCAGGGCAAGCUGCAAAGGAACGAUUGGGAUAGCGUGUCAGGGUACAACCACGCUGUCCAGACUAUGAUGCUGAUGGUGAUGAAGCAGGCCAGUGGGCGGCCCUGGGGAGACCACGGCCUGUUUCUGCGCUACCACAUCGAAGCUGCAACCAUCAAGGGUGUCAACAGCUUCCGGCAGUACAAGACUGACGCCACUACCAUCGGCAGGCUGCUGGAAGGAAUGUAUCGUAAGCUGAAUAACCUCCUGGAGCGCCUGCACCAGUCCUACUUCUUCUACCUCAUGCCGUCACUCUCUCACUUUGUCUCUAUUGGAUACUACAUGCCAGCCUUCGGCCUGCUCGCCGUUAUUCUGCUGCUUCGUGCAUUAGACUUGUGGGUUCAACUCAAUACUCCACCAUCGACAACAGAGGAUGGAGUUGCUGACAUUGAUCAGCAGUCCAGUCCAGGAGUGCUGUCGGUGUUGACUCCUCUGGUGAUCAGCCACCUGACAGGAGUUGCUCUGUACGCGCUGCCGAUCCGUUUUCAGGAGACUGCUGUCGAACAUUUCCCUGUGUCUGAGACAGAGGCUGUGGUUCUGACAGCAAUUGCUAUUUACACAGCAGGCCUGGCGUUGCCGCAUAACACACACAGACUGCUGUCGGGGGAGGGCACGGAGCAGGGCUGGAGAGUGCUGAAGCUCGUCGCGGUGCUGUACCUGGCUGUGCUGCUGGGCUGCACUGCCCUCAUCAACUUCUCCUUAGGCUUCAUUCUGGCUCUCACUCUGGUGCCCUUAGCUGCCUUUGUCACACCCCACGUUCCAAAGGUUUUGUCAGCGUUCAUCUUGGUCAUCCUCAGCCCAGCUUGCACGCUCUUGUUUUCAGUCUUUUUCUUUCAAGAGCUGCAAGACAUGCCUGUCAGCUUCCAAGAUGGCUGGUUGCUGUAUCUAUCAGUCAUUUCACAGGGGAUCCUGGACCACUCCCUGUACGGAUCUUUAGUCUACCCACUCAUAGCAUUGCUGGUUUAUCCAUGCUGGCUGCUUUUCUGGAACAUCCUCUUCUGGAAGUAGCCCACAGGUCCACUGAAGGGUCUUGUGAGUGCGACCGCCCUCCGAAAUGUACUCAGGUCUGUCAUUGCUGGGUGAAUGUGAAGAAUUACCAGUUGAAUCCACUGGAGAGGAAAAAACAAUGUACUGUAGUUGUCUUGGAGAAGACGCAGCAACUCCAACUCCAUGUUUGGACAUUUGGUUAUUACGUUUACUCAAAAUAUUUCAGACUUUAAACAUCAGAGGCAUUUCUGAGUCACCAAAAACUAUUUGAAAGUGAGCAAAAUGAACUGAUUUCUACUUAACAUCAGUCUCAGAAUUACACAGUAUAGCUGCAUGAAGGGGAUGAGUUUCUCAAUAACUAUAAAAGUCACCGUUGGGUUGAUUUGUGUAAAAGGAGAUUUUGAUUAAAGACUUUUUUGGGGAUUUCUUCUAAAGGUUUUUUGGGGGGAUACAUAAAGAACAAUACAGUUUUUUUUUAUUAAUCAUACAGGAUGCUAAACAUUGACUCGGUACCAACAUAUAAAACAGUGAUAUAAUGGUAGAAACCAUUUUGGCCGUCUGCCUCUUUUUAAAAUGUUUGUCUGCAUUGGAACAAGCCAUCACUACAUCUAAUAUUUUUAUACUUGUUGAAACUUUGGUUUGUGUUUAUUUCAUAUUUAUGGCUGCCAAAAAUAAAAUACAUUUUGACACCUUCCUGUAUUAUCACUGCACAUACGUGCAUCUUAUUUACUGCGGCAAAUACAUAAAAACGUUCCAUUAGGACAGGGGUGUUCACGAAUUUGAUAUCAUUUACCGUGUCACAGAAUUAUUUAACAUUAUAAUCUGUAAUAUAAUAAACAUGGAUGAAAAAUAUUUUUUUUUAGUGUAGAAAAACACAAAAAAAGAGUGAAAUGACACUUUUCCUACAGAAAGAUUUCAGACCUGUUGCCACAGAUUAAAAGGACUUCCACAAAGGCCCUGUACGAACAUCUGGAGGGUUUACAGAGAACGGUCAAAGACAAAAUACCCAGUGAGCUGCAGUUCUCUGGUUAAACAUGCCUGUUUGAUGCUAGAGGUUGGAGAAGAAGACCACACUGCUUCAAGAUAAGACACAGAAAUAACCACAUUACAGCAAAGUAUGCUGAAGAGCAUCUUGAGCCUUAAAGCCGAUGGGCUACAGCAGCAGAAGAUCGCACCAGAUUCUGUUCACCUAGGAGCAGGAAGCUGAGGCUAUGAUUCACACUGCAGCCUUCUUGAGUAUUGAUGCUGACCGUGUUCAUGCCUUUAUGACCACAGUGGACCCAUCGUCUGAUGGCUGCAGGAUAACGUACCAUGUCAGAAAACUCAAAUCAUCUCAAACUGGUUUCUUGAUAUGACAAUGAGUUCACUCUACUCGCAUGGCCUCCACAAUCACAGAUCUCAAGCACCUUUGGGAUGAUGUGGAACAGGAGAUUAACAUCAUCUAUGUGCAGCUGACAGAUGUGCAGCAUCUGUACGAUGCCGUCAUGCCAUUCUGAUGGAUGUUUCCAGCACCUUGUCGAAUCUGCGCCAUGAAGAAUUAAGUUAAUUCUGAAGGCAAACAGAGGUCCAACCUCUUACUAGCAGGCUGUGCCUAAUAACGUGACAUUUGUAGAUCUCACAAGAACAGAAGAAACAGCAUUUAUUUUAAUUCCAUUUUGUUUAUUCAGAUAAUGUGAGCUUUUACAGUAUUAUGUACUGAAAACAGAUCAUUCUUUUGCUGUCACAUCUCAAAGAAACAAAUUAGAUCAGCUGCUAAAUGUACAAUUACUCAAUGCUCCUCUGGUAAAAAUAAUACAUGUAAUACAAUGUUAUACAAAAAUAAAAGCACUCAACAACCCUGUAAAUGCAUCACAAAUCCUUCUCUUUACAGCCACUGCUGCUUCUUUUUUUAUUUUAAAAACACUUUUAAUAUUCUUUUGGCACCAACAGAUGUCAUAUUAACAGACAGAAUAGGGUAUUGCACAAGGCUUCAACCUUUCUUAUCACUUCACAGUUGGCAGACACCGGAGUUUGACAUUUCCACAAAUUCAGCUCCAAUCAAAUUUACCUCCCUUCUCUUCCCACCUAAAAUAAAUAUUAGGCUGUCUGUGUUGCUUGCUCCACACACACACACACA